CACUCUUUCCCUUUCUCUGCUCCCUUGCUCAUGGCGAACGAUAAACCACGCGCAUCAAAGAGACGCAAGGUAGAGCUAAAGCCCUCCGCUGAAGCUCAGAGCGCAGAAGCAUCGGCCACAUUUCUCAGGCCGCUCCCUCCCGCCGUGCUUCUCAUAUCUCUCCCCGCGCUAUUGGCUCACCCUCCAAAUCACAAAUACUAUAUUCCGUCUCUAGUGCUCUCUCUUACCGCUCUGAGGAAGUGCUUGACUUUGUCUGGGCUGUCACCGGAGAUCGAGUGCCGUGCUUGGACUGGCCUGGCGGAGAUUGGCAUGAAGGUUAUCAGCGGUGGACUAAGCCAGAGUGAAGACUGCCCGUGGGCUCUAGGGAUUGAAACUGAGGUAGAGAAGGCUAUAAGCAAAGGCUCUAUCAUCGCACAGAAGCAUCCAUCUCUCCGUCCAUACAAACUGCAUCUUUCCCUACUCCAGGUGCAGCUCUCGCAAUGGCAACACAAAUCUAAAUUUGCCCGCACUCAGCUUCGGAAGCUCUUCACCUCCUUCCUGCCCAGCGAUCCACCUCAUGCUAUCUAUUCCGUCCAUCUCGCAUACAUCAAUCUCCUCCUUACUCCUUCAUCGACCAGCACACCCAGUUCGUCAUCCGCGCCGCCAUCCACACCAGUCGAUAGUCCGCAGGACAUACACGCGGCGUUGAGUGCAGUUGAGGCUCUCGCGGGCGUGGCCCAUGGCAAAGGUCACAAAGGCAUGGUUCUCCUCUCGCGCGUACUCCGCCUCCGCAUCCUCGUCGCUGCGAACAUGUGGGCCGACGUGCCGGAAGCACUCCAGGCAGCGGAGAAGGCACUGGGACUGUCCUAUCAAGCUGCAGCCACGCCGAAGCCUCGUAAGCCUGGAGAACAAGACGAGUUCAUCACAUUCGAAGACACCUUCGAAUCGGCCAUGGUGGUGCACUUGCUCAUGAUGGCCGUGAUUUUCUACACGCACGUAGGGAAUGCAGCGGAAGCGUCGCCGAGGCUGUCUCAUCUACAUGCGCUGAUGGAUUCGGGCGUCCUGGAUAAAUUCCCCGAUGGCAUGGUCGAGAUUCCCCUGCCGAAGUCUGCCCCCGUCGUCCUACAAGUGACACACCCACGCAUUCUGUUCCUCCUCACCUUCCUCGUGAGCGCGACUUCUAAGCGCGACGCAGUCGGGCGGAAGCCGAAGCGCAAGGUCUUUGCCCAAGCAGGUUUAGACGCAUGGGACAAUCAUCACAAUAGUGAGAUUUCUUUUGCUCUAUGGGCAGGAAUCGGCGAUGUAGAGGAGGUUGAGCAGCGCUUGGCCAGAAUCCGAGCAGACCUUUUGUGCGAGGUAAUUGCUCUCUCAAUCAUGCGUAGUGAAUUUGAUUCCGCAAAAGAGAACCUCAACAUCCUUAUCGCACACGCCCGCACCUAUGACAUCUUCCCUCUCUUCGCCGCUCGCAUCGCGCUCCAUCAUGGCCACCUCGCACAUGCCCUUGGUCAGUUCGCACGCGCCUCCCAAUGCUAUCAGGCCGCCGCCAGCCACUCCGAGCCCGAUAGUUUCGUGCACGUAGCCGCUCGCGCGAGCGGUUUCGCGCUCCGGCUCGGACUGAAGCAACGUGAGCGUGGCGCGCUGAACGAGGGUGAAGAUGAGGACGCGCUUCCGUACGACCGAGAUAUGGUGGACGAGGGUAUGCACAUCGCGCAGGCCUGUAAAGGCAUGGGCGGCACGCUCGAUGCGGUUGGACAAGUGCUGCUGGCAUGCCUGACGCCAGAAAUCCUCGCGGCGAAGCAACAUCUGAAGAAAGCCCUGAAUCUGGCGACGGUGGCGCGGGACAACCACUUGCGAGCACUGAUUCUCGCGUUGAUCGCUUCGCAUUACUUCCACACCGCGGGUGAUCAUGCCCUCGAGAUGCUGCAGACAUGCGAACAGCUUGCCGCGGGGCUGGGCGCGCCUGCCGAUAGGUCGAAACCUGAUCCAAGCUCCAAGGAUGCGGUUGUGCCAGUAGGGAACGCACCGUUGGGUUUGUGGGUGGGGGAGCGCUUCCUAGAGCUGUUUAGGAGAGCAGGGAAGGAAGCGCGUGUACAGAAGCAGCUGGCACACAACAAUCAACUUUCCAAAGCAGUAGAAGACCUUGCCCGUCGUGGAGCGGAAGGGCGACCCCCCUCAAAGAACACGUCUUAGCCUAAUAGCUUUGUCGCGGAAUCUGCUGUCUGUCGUAUCAUAUCCCGCAUUGUAAUCACCAGCACGCACAACUCUCCAUGGAUCUUUCGCCGUAGUCAUCGUCAACCCCUGCUCUCGCGCUGUGUAUAUUGCUACUAUGCUAGUUAUGUUAUCGUUAUUCGCAUUCAUACCUGUAUCUGUAUCCCGCAGUCGUCUGGAAUUUUGAUGCACUGACAAGACCUGU